AUGGACUCGAUGCGGUCGCUAAACAGCUCCUUGCCUUCGAACUCAGCACCACAGCCUCCCGAGGUCCUCCUGCAGGCGUUCAAAGCCGCCGCUCUCUCCGUCACAAACCUUUACAAAAGUGCCGUUUCCGAUCAAACACAGCUACGGAACCUCGGGUAUCAGGAUGCUUUGGAAGACCUGCGGGCAUUUCUCGACAAGGAAAGAAUAGGACUGAGUGAUGGGGAGGGAUCCAGAAUCCGGAACUGGAUAGCGGACCGGAUUGAUGGCACAGGAGUGGCCGGAAAUGACAGUGACGAUGAAAGAUUGGAUUCAGAAAAACGAAACCGAAGCACCUCGCCCAAUGCUGUACGAAAAGAGCCCUCAGAGCCGAAUCGACACUCCCGAUCAGCAUCUCCCCCCCGCACUGAGCAUGCUGCUCAACCUCUACCCCCUUCUUCAAAUGAACCAGCCGUUUUUGCUCGCCCUGCCAUGUUUACGUUCACUGCCGGUCCCCAGUUUCCGUCCCCGCCAGAAGAGGACUCUGAUAUGCGAACACCUGACGCCCCGAUUACGAUGCAAAGCGAACCUCAAGUGAACCAUCCGCACUUGACACCCUCUUCAGUCCGCCUUGAGGUCGUUCCCCGCGCACCUCGCACCCCUCACCGCAGCAACUCCCGACACAACGGCCGUUCAUCGACACGAGAUUCCGCAGCAACCAUCGGAUCGAAGCGAAAAUUCCACUUCAACGAUUUCUUCGACAUUUCGAAUAUAGGGAAUGGGAAAGAUGCUUUUGGGGGAGGCAAGCGUGGACGGUUUAUAUAG